CAAGCAAGUGCACCCAACGCGAAGCCAUGACAGGACCCAAGACCAUAGAGAUUCGCUGCCUCAGGCCAGACGAGAAAACCGUCCACCUCAAGGCUGCUGUCUCUGAGCAAUUGGACGUCAAUAUCCUCACGCAAAGAGGGCACCGGAAGCUGGGAGAGAUCAAAUUGCAGCGCAAUGAGAUACCUAAAACAGUUUACGAUUCAGAUGGUGUUUCAUACACAGUGCGCGAUGUAGUCCAGCUGAGUAUUUGGAAGAAGGGUGAAACAAAACUGUCAAGACAAAAUUUCUACGUUUCCAUGAACGACGAUGAAGCGCGCUUGGAUACCCAGUAUGAUGCGAUUUUAGGGACUCAGUGCAAUGUUGGACGGUCCAGCGAUGAGAAUGCCCUCCCAGUUGCUGUAACCCAGCUAGCAUCGCAGAGUGCAAAUGAUAAGGCAGCCCAGGAGAAAAAGAAGCGCGAGAAAGAGGAAGCUUUGGCGAAGAAGAACCAACAGUUGCGUGAACAGCAGAAAAAGCAGGCUUCCCAGGGUAGAUAACAGAAUGGGCUUGGAUUGGCGACGAGGCGGACUUGUGAAGCGUGCUACUUGCAAGACUAAUUGUGCCGGGAUUAUCGCCAGGUUUGUGAGGAUGACGCAGAGGCGGCAAAUAGGCUACAUCUGUAUGCAUUUGAGCUGUUGAAUCUGUUGGAUAUGAAUAACUGCUGUCUGAAACUCGAUAACAACCUGUCACAUGUAUGAGAUCACCCUUACGCAGAAUGACUGGGAAGGGGGCCUGCUGCGUGCUCCUCCAACAGCGAAGGACUCUGGGCGAAGGAUUGGAGCGGGGAGAUUGACACGGACUUGAUUUGUCCUUCCGGGACGAUCGGUCGUACUUAGCAUUGGAUGAUCCAAUCUCCUCACAUAAACCCGCUGCACGACGACAAAAUGAGACAUAUCAGGUGGCACCUGCAUA